UGUAAACCCCGACUCAGAUGACAUGGUAUAGCCGAAACCAACGGCCACAAGCCAACGCCUACUUCAAAUACUGUCGGAAAUACUGGGAUUGCGAGAUAUGGGCACACGUUGCCAAACAAAGUGGUAAAAUUAAAAAGCUGUGACUUGGUGUAACGUGGUGAAGACGUGGAUAUGGACUUGGGAGAGACCUGUCUCUAAUUACAAAGUGAAUUUAUAUAAUAUUAUGGGGGAUUUUUUAUGGGAAAGCCCCAAACAGCCUACCAGCAAUAGGCUAUACAAAGGUUGUAUUCUAUGGUUUUGUCACCUCCCAGCAAUAGCAUAACUGAGUGCCAGUAACGUUGGACGAGUUUGUAGUUUAAGAAAGGUUAGAUCAUGAUUUGAAGGCUGGAAUAUGUGUCCCAAAGCCAACCAGUGUUAACCAGGGUUAAUCUGUAAUGUCAGCAAGAUAAUCUGGAUUUGUUCCACAGACAGGAGACCUUGUGUUUCUGGAAAUUAUCAAGUUAUUGUCUCUCAAAGUUUAUAUCUCACAGUCCAACAAAACCUACAAUAGCUGCUUCUAAAAUUCAGAUUCUUUAUCAAAACAUAAGAAAUUGAACCCAUAACACACACCCUAAAACUACUCAUUGCUGAUCUUGUGACACACAGUUUCACUAAUCUAUUGUGUGUGUGUGUGUGUGUGCGUGGAGUUCACAAAGGGAGCCACAAAGGGAGGAGAGUGAUAAUUUGUGUUUUCUGUCCAUUUAAUAUCUCAUAACUGUUUAUAUCUCAUUUCCUACAUAUGCUGCAUGACACACAUUGACACAUUGCCUAAUAUGCAUCACACAUAGGGCCUGUCAGUCAAAAUGUAAAAAAAACCAUUUCCGCUAGGCGGAAACUGCUAAAAGGAGGAACAAACCAUUUCUCGACAAGUGACACAAGCAACACAGACACAGCAACUACAGACCACAACCCGCCCAGCCCCAGGAAGGCGAUAUUGCUACCACAUUUUACAGAAAACCUGUGAAACUUCUUCAGAGAUCUGACAGAAGAACAGGAGCCCCCCAGCAUCCAUUUCCCAAAACCCUGGACAAAGGAGACUGACGACUCGUCUCCUGCAUUUCUCUCUCUUCCUCUCUUUCUCCCAGUAUGGCGGCGUGGGACCUGUCAGUCAUUGUGGAGGACCUGGGGCCCGAUGCCCCAUCUGUCACCGUCAGCGUGACCUCUGACCUCCACAUAGGAGGGGUCAUCCUCAAGCUGGUGGAGAAGACACAGAUGAAGCGGGACUGGUCGGAUCAUGCGCUAUGGUGGGAUCAGAAGCAGCGGUGGCUGCUGCGGACAUCCUGGACUCUGGAGAAAUACGGCAUCCACGCCGACGCUCGGCUGCUCUUCAUGCCCCAACACAAGCCCCUGAAACUGGGCCUCCCCAACGGCAUCACUCUGCGGCUCCGGGCCUGCUUCUCCAACCCCGUCUUCCAGACCGUGAUGGGCAUCUGCAGAAUGCUCAACAUCCGUCGCCCUGAGGAGCUCUCGCUCCUUCGACCCGUAGAGGAGAAGAAGAAGAAGAAAGAUAAAGACUCGGCUGAAGAGAUUUACGACCUGACCGAGGUGCCCCUCUCCUCGGCAUCCCGGCCCAGUUUGUAUAACGGCAUGCCGGCUCAUUUUGCUGACUCGACCCAGAUGGAGGACAUCUACAAGAUGCUGUCAGUCACCCAGCCUCCCCCUGCUCCUGAGACCAUAGCCAAGCAGUACCGCCCAGCCAGUGUGGUGGACAAGGCCCACAUCCAUGGCAGGUGGUUGGACUCAUCCCGUUGUCUCAUGCAGCAGGGCAUCCAAGAAAACGACCGACUCUGGCUUCGCUUCAAAUACUUUGCCUUCUAUGAUAUGGAACCCAAGUACGAUGUAGUGCGUCUGACCCAGCUGUAUGAGCAGGCCCGCUGGGCUAUCCUGCUGGAGGACAUUGACUGCACCGAGGAGGAGAUGAUGCUGUUUGGAGCGCUGCAGUACCACAUCAGUAAGGUGUCUCAGUCGGAGCCCCAGAUGAUAAGCUCCAAUGCAGCCAUGGACGACCUGGAGUCAGCGCUGCAGUCCCUGGAGGUCAAGAUGGAGGGAGAGAGCAGCACCGCGUCCGAAAUGCUGGAAAACAUGACUGCACCAGAACUCAACGACUAUCUGAAACUAUUCAGGCCGAAGAGGUUGACUCUGAAAGGAUACAAGCAGUACUGGUUCAAGUUCCAGGACACCUCCAUCUCUUAUUUCAAGAGCAAAGAGGAGAGCAUCGGAGAGCCCAUUCAACAGAUUAACCUCAAAGGAUGUGAGGUGGCUCCGGACGUUAACGUGGCGGCACAGAAGUUCCUUAUCAGGCUCCUGAUACCAGCACCUGAGGGCAUGAACGAGGUCUAUCUGCGCUGUGAAAACGAGCAGCAGUACGCUCAGUGGAUGGCUGGAUGUCGGCUGGCCUCCAAAGGCAAGACCCUGGCAGACAGCAGCUUCCAGAGCGAGAUCCAGAGCAUUCGCUCCUUCCUAGCUAUGCAAAAGACCUCCUCUGGUUCCCAUGGCAACACAGAUGCCACAGAUGAAAGCAUCAACACCCACAGCCUAGUAUCGCCACGCUACCAUAAGAAGUACAAAACCAAACAGCUGGCUCCUCGUAUCCUGGACGCGUACCAGAACGUGGCUCAGCUCUCUCUGACAGACGCAGUGAUGCGCUUCCUGCAGAUCUGGCAGGCCCUGCCUGACUUUGGCCUCUCAUACGUCGUAGUCAGGUUCAAGGGCAGCCGGAAAGAUGAGGUUCUGGGCAUUGCCCCCAACCGUCUGAUCCGCAUUGACCUGGGGGUGGGUGAUGUGGUGAAGACCUGGCGCUACAACAACAUGAAGCAGUGGAACGUCAACUGGGACAUACGACAGAUGGCCAUUGAGUUUGAAGGGAAUGUCAACAUUGCCUUUAGCUGCGUGACAGCCGACUGCAAAAUCGUUCACGAGUUCAUCGGAGGCUACAUUUUCAUGUCGACACGCAGUCGUGAGAAGAGCGAGACGCUCAAUGAGGAGCUCUUCCACAAGCUGACCGGUGGCCACGAAGCUCUCUAGGACUGAAACACACACAAACACAAAAGAUCUGGAUCCUUCACAACCCACAUCAAUCCUCAUCCUGGUUUUCUCAGCAGUGAGAAACCAUGAGGAAUUUUAUAUUCCAGUCAAGGAAAAAAGGAUCAAAAUAGGACAUUAUGUUCAUCUAUAAAUGUGUUACAACCCACUUUGUCAGUCUAUCCAAGUUGUUAUCUUGCCUUUGUUUCACACACACACACACCCUCAUUCACAAGCAUCAUCAGUGGAUGGAAGACUAAACAUGUUUAGACAGUUUAAGGCUCCAGUGAUCUUCCUGCUGACUUGCUCUUUCCUUCAUGAUGGGCUGCUGCUGGGCGUCUGGUCCACUUAGAACAGCCAGCAGCAAAUUUCCUUUUUCGCCUCAUAGGAUCAAGAAUUAUAAUCACUGUUGCUCAGGAUGCAAAGUCUCUUUGUGCAAAGCUGCAGUUUUAUUGUCACUUGUAAAACAUUUAAUAAAUGGCAUAUUACAGCAGCCACAUUAUUUUAGCCAACAACCGUUGUACAGAGUACAAAAUACAUGCCAGUAUGAAAAGUUUACCACAUAUAGUUAUGAAUAAACAAAACAGUUAUUAAAAAUAAAUAAAGCAAUUUACAUUUCA